AUGAGCGCAGGAAACAAUAUCAAAGUCGUGUGUCGUUUUCGACCACAAAAUUCUCGUGAAAUUAGGGAAGGUGGUGUCCCCAUUAUCUCCUACGAUGAUAACGGUGAAUCUUGUCGCAUGGAGGGUAAAGAAUUUCAAGGAAGUUUCACAUUCGACAGAAUUUUUCCACCGGAAACCUCUCAGAAAACCGUAUUUGAUGAAUCUAUAAAACAUAUUGUCGAUGAGGUUAUCGGUGGUUACAACGGAACCGUGUUUGCUUACGGUCAAACCGGUUCUGGUAAAACUCACACUAUGAUGGGAAAUAUGGAUGAUGAAGAAUUUAAAGGUCUUACCCCUCGUAUUAUAGAACAAAUUUUUCACAGCAUCAUUGUUUCCCCACCAACAAUUGAAUACACUGUAAAAGUCUCUUAUAUGGAAAUUUAUAUGGAAAGAAUUCGGGAUUUACUUAAUCCUCAAAAUGAUAAUUUGCCUGUACAUGAAGAGAAAAAUAGAGGUGUUUAUGUCAAAGGUUUGUUGGAAGUAUACGUCAGUUCUGUACAAGAAGUGUACGAAGUAAUGAAACGUGGUGGCAGUGCUCGUAUUGUUGCAUACACAAACAUGAACGCUGAAAGUUCCAGAUCACAUUCCAUCUUUGUUAUUACUAUCAAUCAAAAGAACCUUUCUGAUGGUAGUGUAAAGAGUGGUAAACUAUCGCUUGUCGAUUUGGCUGGUUCCGAAAAGGUUGGUAAGACAGGUGCUUCUGGUCAAACUCUUGAAGAAGCUAAAAAGAUCAAUAAAUCCUUGUCCGCACUGGGAAUGGUUAUUAACGCUUUAACUGACGGAAAAUCAACACACGUUCCAUAUCGAGACAGUAAACUUACCAGAAUUCUUCAAGAAUCUCUUGGUGGUAAUUCCCGAACAACAUUAAUUAUAAACAGUUCUCCCUCCUCUUUCAACGAAGCGGAAACUUUGAGUACGUUAAGAUUCGGUAUGAGAGCUAAAUCUAUCAAGAACAAGGCUAAAGUCAACGCCGAACUCAGUCCUGCUGAACUUAAGGCUCUUCUCAAGAAGGCCAAGAGUGAAGCUGUUAGCUUCCAACAAUAUAUUUCAGCUCUUGAGGGAGAAGUCGGUGUAUGGCGUUCUGGUGGCACUGUACCAAAAGAAAAAUGGGUCUCAAUGGAAAAAUCUACAGGUGCUGCAGCGGCACCAACUACACCUACUUCUGCUACCAAUCCGCAAAUUGAGGGUGUCAAGAAAGAGGAAUCAAAUGAAUCAAGGCCAGGCACUCCUAUUCCAAUCUUAGAAAAAGAUGAACGGGAAGAAUUUUUGAAACGUGAAAAUGAUCUCACUGAUCAGAUUGCUGAAAAAGAAUCUGAAUUAGCGGACAAAAUUAAACUUCUUGAAGAGAUUAAGGAGGAACUUGCAUCUUAUAAAGAACAGGAAGAAUCAACGAGUAAGGAAAACAAACAAAUGACAAGCGAGCUUAAUGAACUUAAGCUUCAGUUAGAGAAAGUCACGUACGAGAAUAAAGAAAGUGCUAUAACAAUGGACAGUUUACGUGAACAGAAUACAGACCUAUCCAACGAGAUCGAACAACUUAGGAAAUCAAUUUCCGAGCUUAAGUUGGCUCAAAAAGAAGGUGAUAAGGAACAAAAGAAAAACGAGAGAAUGGCUCAAAUGCUCGCAGAACUUGAUCCAUCGGGUGUGAUUACUGCUAAAGAAAAACAAAUUC